GUGUUUGUCAUCUGACGAAAUAGAACUAGAAAGUAGAAACCCUCAUCGAGCACAGCAUAAGCAAAUAAUGGCAACGGAGAACAAGCCGAAGUCCAGAGCUAGUGCUACUACCAACAGCAAGAAGAGAAAGCAACACUAUCUCCCUCACAAUAAACCAGUGAGGAAGAAAGGUUCCUACCCGUUACACCCAGGAGUUCAAGGCUUCUUUAUCACUUGUGAUGGGGGUAGGGAGCGCCAAGCGUCUCGUGAGGCUAUUAACGUUAUUGAUUCUUUUUAUGAAGAGCUAGCUUAUGGGAAGGAUACUAGUGUGAAGCUUGCAGAUUUGCCUGAUAAACCUACAAAUAAAAAGAUCAAGUUCUCAUAUUCUGACGAUGAAGGAGAUGGCGAAGAGGAUGAUGAUGAAGAAGAUGGGGAAGAUGAGAACAAAUCAGAAGCCCCUGAAGGCAAUGAUGCCAUGAAUGAUAAUCCUACAGACAAAAAGGUAGGAUCACCUAGUGUAGAAAAUGAAAACAGUGAAAAUCAAACAGAAGAGAAGACUAAUCAAGAAGAGGGUUGUAAAAAUGAUGAAAAACAAGCAAAUGAAGCAGAGGGGCCACCAGCAAAGAAGAAAUGCACAGAAACAUGUGCCCCAAAGACUGUUGUCCAAGAAAAAGUGGAGGAGAAAUCCAUUGAUAGGCUUAUUGAGGAUGAACUCAAAGAACUUGGAGAUAAGAACAAGAGGCGCUUUCUCAGCCUUGAUUCUGGUUGUAAUGGUGUUGCCUUUAUUCAAAUGCGCAAGAUAGAUGGAGACCUUUGUCCCAAAGAUAUUGUCCAACAUAUAAUGACAUCUGCUGCGUCAACAAGGAAACACAUGUCCAGGUUUAUCAUAAGAAUGCUACCAAUUGAAGUUGCAUGCUAUGCUUCAGAAGAGGAAAUCUCAAGAGCGAUUGCACCAGUUGUUGAAAAAUAUUUUCCUGUGGAUACUCAGGAUCCACUGAAGUUUGCAGUAAUGUAUGAAGCCCGUGCAAAUUCUGGCAUUGACAGGAUGAAAAUUAUAAAUUCAGUCGCAAAAUCUGUUCCUGGACCUCAUAAAGUUGAUCUUGGCAAUCCCGACAAGACAAUUGUAGUUGAAAUUGUCAAGACUGUGUGCUUGAUCGGGGUUAUUGAAAAGUACAAAGAGUUGUCCAAGUACAACUUGAGGCAGCUCACAUCAUCGAAGCAGUAAUAGCCUGUCACAACGUAAAUGGAGAGGAAAGCGCAACUUUGGAUCUGUUAUUUUUAGUUUGUAUUUAAAUAGUGGUACGCUAACUAAAAUUUUGGUUCAAAAAGAACUUUUUUUCCUUUCUUUCUCGAGCUCCUUGUGGUAAGAAUGUUCAUGACAUUGUUGCAAAAGCAUAAUAUUACCAGAAGACAUCUUCACUUCC